AUGCUGAGUGCUCGCCUUCCUGAUACCACUUCACUACCAUUGGAUGGACAUCAGCUCGUUUUUCAAGACAUUCUUGUCCAAGGCGAUGACGGACGGACGAGGCCUCUCUUCCGAACAGAGUUCGAUUCCAAACGAUGUGUCGUGAAAUUCAGUCACACGUAUGGCGUCGAGGCACACGAACUGCUUGCGAAGGCAGGACUUGCUCCCGCCUUAUUUCACGCCAAGCAGGUCUAUCAUGACAGCUUCUGGCUUAUUGUGAUGGAUCAUGUUGAUGGAAAGCCGUUUGUUGAAGUGCCGUCGGAAGGGAAAGACUCGGUUCUGAACGAUCUCAGUCGAGCUGUUCAACACCUAGCCGCCUCUGGCCUCGUUCAUGGAGAUCUGAGGGAACUGAACAUUAUGUGCGUCAAGGAGGACAAGACUUGGCGCGCAAGAUUGGUCGAUUUCGAAUGGUCAGGAGGAGCAGGGAAGGCCCGAUACCCCGUUUCUCUCAACGAUACAGGAGAGAUUGGAUGGCAUAGCUCUGUCAAGCGAGACGGGUUCCUGGAACGGGCACACGAUGAACACAUGUUGAAGCGGCUGAUGAGUGGCAGAUGA